GUAUUUAUAUCAUAUAAAUUGUCUCAAAUAUGGAUUUUCUUCCUCCAACUAAACCAGAUGAGAGUGAUUGUUGUGGGUCUGGAUGCAGAAGAUGCGUUUUUGAUGUUUAUGAAGAGGAAUAUAAAAUUUGGGAGCGUAGAAUCGAAGGAAAUGAAGAAAAUGGUGUAGGUGGAACAGAGGAAGCCACACUGUGUCCAGACAAGUACACGGACCUGAGAAUUCAGAAAAUGGACAGAGUUAACACAAACACAUUUGUGUACCAUUUGUCUGAACAAUCAGGGAAGCAAAUUCAAUUCAAGAUGGAUAUAGGGCAGCAUGUUAUCAUAAAAUCUAACUUUGGUGAAGAGUACAUUACGAGGCCAUUCACACCUGUUCAAAUGACUGAAUUUGAUAAGAAUUUAACUCUAGUGAUUAAACUGUAUAAAAAUGGAAAAAUGUCUUCUGUGGUAAGCGACUGGAAAGUGGGUGAUUUAGUACGAUGCAGGGGGCCAGUUGGGUCACAAAUACAGUACAGUUGCAAUAAAUGGGGGAAAAUUCUUCUAAUUGCUGCAGGAACUGGAAUAACACCAAUGGCUAAAGUUAUACAAACUAUUCUAUGCAAUGAUGAUGAAGACACUGUGAUAAUACUCCUUUACGCUUGUCAAGUUUAUGAAGACAUCCUGCUGAAAGAACAACUAGACAAAUGGGCAGAAUACUGGAAUUUUCAUGUCAUUUAUUUUUUAAGUCAAGAAGAUAAAAAACAAGUAGAAUCGAAGAAGAAGUAUAAUGAAAAUAUAUUCUAUGAACGUAUCAGUUUUAACAGUUUGAAAUCGAUUGGAGAACAGUUUCACAUAAACUUUGACGACGCAAAGCUCUAUUCUUUUGUGUGCGGGCCUAUUGAAUUUGAAAUUGAUUUAGAAAAGAAUCUUGUGAACUGUGGUAUGACUAUUGAAAAUAUAUAUCGUUUUUAAUUAUGAUUCACUAUUAUG